AUGGGUCUGACUGCCGAUCCGCGGCUCGGGAUGGGAAGGGGUGGGCCUGCAGGUGGGGCAGGGGGCAUUGGGCCGAACGUGCCAAAGGGACCGCGAGCAGCAAAUGCGCAGGGCGGUGGACAGGGCGUCGGGCCCCAACGUGCCGCCCCGCGUGGCCAACACGGCUACCACCCUUAUUCGCGUUGAGAGACGGGGGUACCAGCACGACGGACGACUCCUGCGCCACCCCUUUCCGCGGAUCUAUGGACUUCUGGUACGGUCUCGCUUUCUACCUCGAUAUUUGCGUUUUUAUGCAGCCUGUCGAAAGCUGUGAAAAUUGUGUACGCGACGUGUCAGCUCUUCUCGAGUUACUGUCAGGUCCUGUCGUUCUAUCUUGUAUUAUUCGUUGCCUUCGCUUUACACUACCGUAGUCGCGGAUGCUAUAUAGUAUGUCCCUGCUCUUCAGCAUUGGUAUUU